UUGAAUGGCCCAAUUUAUCUGGACGAACCCCAACCCACCAAGUCAUCCAACUUCUACGUCCUUCCUCUCCAUCGUAGUGACCAGAGCACCACAUUUUCUUCGAUUUUCAUCGCCGAGAAAAUCCCAGACCAGCCAAAAGGAAAAAUCAACACAGAAAAAUGGUCAUGGGUCUGCAACUACCCAUCACUAACUCACUCCCAUCAUCAUCUUCUUCUUCCUCACCGUUUUUUCUCGGACCCAGAAACCCAAGAAAUUUCAGAACCUUUUGUUCCUUUAAUGCCAAAGCCAAAGCCAAAAUCCCCGUCCCACCCAUAAAUCCAAAGGACCCCUUUUUGUCGAAGCUCGCUUCCGUGGCUGCAACUUCGCCUGAGACACUUCUCGACCGACCCGUUAACUCUGAAUCUCCUCCUUACUUGGACUUGUUUGACGCUCCAAAGCUCAUGGCUACACCUGCCCAAGUAGAGAGAUCGGUUUCAUACAACGAUCAGAGGCCGAGUACGCCACCCCCGGAUUUACCGUCAUUGCUGCUCCAUGGAAGAAUUGUUUACAUUGGGAUGCCUUUAGUGCCAGCUGUCACGGAACUUGUUGUGGCGGAAUUGAUGUAUCUGCAAUGGAUGGAUCCUAAAGAACCAAUAUAUAUUUAUAUAAACUCUACAGGAACAACUCGUGAUGAUGGUGAAACAGUUGGGAUGGAGACAGAGGGAUUUGCUAUAUAUGACGCAAUGAUGCAGUUAAAAAAUGAGAUACAUACAGUUGCUGUUGGGGCAGCUAUAGGGCAAGCUUGUCUGUUACUUUUAGCAGGAACCAAGGGAAAACGGUUUAUGAUGCCGCAUGCCAAAGCUAUGAUCCAACAACCUCGUGUGCCAUCAUCUGGAUUGAUGCCUGCUAGUGAUGUUCUUAUUCGUGCAAAAGAGAUAGUGACAAAUAGGGAUACUCUUGUGAAACUUCUGGCCAAACACACAGGAAAUUCGGAAGAGACUGUAGCUAAUGUGAUGAGACGACCAUUUUACAUGGAUGCUACAAAGGCUAAAGAAUUUGGGGUGAUUGAUAAGGUUCUUUGGCGCGGUCAAGAAAAAAUUAUGUCGGAUGUGGCACCCCCUGAAGAUUGGGACAAGAGUGCUGGGAUCAAAGUUGUAGAUGGACUUUAGUUUCUCUGUUGUAGAUAUCACCUAGUCAAUAUAGGUAAAACCCGUUGUCGCUUUGUGCAACUAUAUUGUUUCUCCCUUGGCAGUUACAAUGCCUUGUCCAAGAUGUUGGUAGAAAUUCUUCAACUAAAUUUUUGACGGGAUAAAAAGUUUAGAUUGUACUUGUAUUCGGAAUUCAUGCAUAUGAUCAUAAUUAGAUUUGAAUAGAUACUUUAAAGAGUUAUCUCAAAAGUCAGAACAUCAAUACUUUUGCCUUGCUUCUGGGAUAGUACAAAUGUAAAGCAGACCCUUGACAACUGAAUGGGAAUGCUAGUUGCAAUGUAGGAACUCGUAUAGGAGAAGCUGUUAUAUGGUAUGUUACCUCGGUUCCUAUGAUCCUGAACUGAUUUUAUUACGUUUUCAAAGAACCAUAAAUUUUGUGGAACUAGAUUUUCCGGUCGAACAGGCCUGCAAUGAAGAAGUGAAUGCAUAAACAAGCUUGAAGGUCGAGAACAGGGAGCAGUUGUCAAGUUUUAGCUAAAAAUGCCUUAAUAAUUAGGUUGAAAAUGUUUUUGCUAAUUUGUAGUUGUGUAUUCGCUGUAUCUCAAAAGUUAUGUAUCAUGUGUCGCCAGC